AUGUGCUACUCCUAUGUCCACCGUCGUAUAGAGGGAUUUCAGGUACACGUUAUUUUAGAGCACGCAGUCGAAGACGACAACCAGAACACUACCAGUACAUGUGUUCUGCAUACAAAUGAAAUCCUGGAGAAAUACUGCACCUCGCACAAGCUGCUCUGCUGCAAAAUCUGUAUGGUAACCGAUCACAGAGCUUGUUCUGAAGUCAAGCCUAUUGAUAGCAUUGCUAAGCAGGAGAAUACACACGAAGUACCAAAGGAAGUCCAGUCUAACGUUGUAUCUGUCAUAGAAAAGACAGACUCGGCUCUGAUCCCUGUAAACGAGGCAGUAGAAGGUCAUGAAAUGAAAUACGUCGAUUAUAGCAAAAGGGUUUCAUCAACUGUCGACAACAUGAAGAAGAAGCUAGAAGAAAUGCGUGAUAUUUUUAACGAAAAACUGAAAGAAACGCAGAGAAAGGAAGUAAAUUACCUUGCUUCUGCCAAAAAACAUUUAGAAGCAUUUCUUAGAACAGUCGCAGAGGCUGAAAAAUUGCUGACAAUCGUUGCAAUACGGGGAACGCGUAGACAAAUGUUUGUCACCGUUUUGAAAGUAAAGUCCCAAAUUCAGAAACAAAUUGAACGACUGGAAAAGCAAUACGGAAAACAAUUUGAUUUUGACUGUCAAUUGAACACCGAGGUUGAGGAAAUGAGCAAAAUCGAAUACAUAGCACAGUUGGACGAAAACGACGUCGAAACAGUUGGCAUUGAUGAAAUUUCUGAAGCACUAAAUUCCUUUGAGGACAUUUUUCAGUUUGAUGACUCUGAACCAAAAACUCAGGUAGAUCCGUCAAAAUUGGAAGCAAGGGAAAUAGCGAAAUACGACGAAGAAGUGUCACGAUACUGUUCUGACUGUGUUCCUUUGUCGGACGGUACCGUUUUGCUAUUGGAGCCCGAAAAAAUUCAAGCGUUGAGCGAAAAAAACCUGUACACUCUAUAUGAAUUACCAGGUAAUGAUGACUUCAAGUUAUCGAAAAUCUGUUUGGAUGAAGAGGAAAAACGAGUGUUUGUCCUCACAAGCGACGAGAAAAUCAUAACAUUUACAUUUCAUGGGAUGAAGUUACAGCGGGUUGGACACUUUCAAACUAACAUCGAGAUUGCAGGAUUUCGCUUCUUUUCAAAUAAGUUCUACUGCCGACUGUGUCGCAGUGAUGAAGGCAUUGCAGUUCUUAAUGAAAGUGGAAAGCUUUUGCGUUUUCUCCCAGGACCCAUAAAUGGUCAGGAGAUUGCGCUCUCCAAAGACGGACGACGCAUAUACUUUGAUAACCACCAGAGCAUAUUUUGGCAAGAUGUGGCGGGUAGCCAGUCUGUCGGGAGGGCGGAAUCGGAUAAUCAUAGUUAUUCCCAGAGCUUUUGUGGAUUGGAUAUAGAUCACUACGGUAAUGUGUAUGUCUGCGAGACUUUGCGUUACGAGGUUUUGCAAGUCCCUAGAGGCGAGGAGACAGCGUCCAGAGUCAUUUUAGACCAAGAUUCAGAUUUACAGCCACUUUUUCUGAGGUUCGAUCGUGAAGGGAAAAAGUUCUGCGUUUUGUACUCUGAUUAUUCGUGCGAAGGAUUAGUAAAAGUCUUCGAUCUAUACAUCGAUGAUGAAAAUGAAGAAAACAGCGAUACUGAAUAG